UAAUGAAAGUGCCCCACUUACCUAUUGCUUUGGCAAUUUUAGCCGGAUUUCUUCCUUUAUGUCUGUCUGGGGAGAUAACCUCACAUUCCAACCGCUCCUGUAAGAUUUUUAUUGGCAAUUCUACAAUGUCCACGUACGCCCCUGUCGACGGCUACGUCUUAAAAAAUCACGUUGGGUCUAUCCAGCGUCUUCCUUCUCCAAAGGCGUGCUUUUUAGCGUGUCUGAUCGUCCAUUCGCGCCACGGAACGGCGAGAUGUAAGUCCGUGAAUUACUACUAUCAAGACGGCAGUCAGCUCUGCGAGCUGAACAACGUGGAUAGCAGGGAUUGGCCGAAGGAUCUCAUCGCUCAGGAAGGCACUGUGUUCCUGGAAGUCAGCGAUGACAAGACCUCGCCGACUUCGUUUGUUUCAUGUGCUGAUCUCAAAAGACGAGGUUAUCAGACUAAUGGUUCCCACAUCGUUGAUCCUGAUGGGCCAGGCCAAGGAGAAACACCUUCAGAGGUCAAAUGUGAUAUGAGUACAGGUGCCACCAUUUUGCAGCACGAUAGUGAGGCAAGACAGCUUGUUCACGGCUGCGAGGCUGCAGGUUGCUGGAUUCAUGACGUCACAUACUACCAGCCGAUGGAGUUUGUCCUUGCCCUCAUCAACGCGUCUUCUUGGUGCCAGCAAUUCAUCCAAUACGAGUGCUUCAGUUCCGUGCUUUGGCGAAGGAGUGGGGAACCUAUUGGUUGGGCUGUGUCACGUGACAACGGUCGGCUGGCCAAUUGGGGUGGAGUAGCGACAGGCACAGAAGGCUGUCAGUGCCAAUUCACGGAAGAGUGCCCAGGACGUAAAUGCAAUUGCGACGCCAACGACGAUGAAUGGCGCUCAGAUGAGGGAUUCCUGACCGAUUCUACCAAACUUCCCAUCGUUCGCUUACAGUUCGGCGACGUUGGGGGAUAUCGAGAGAAUGGCUACGUAACGCUGGGGCCGCUAACUUGUUUCGGGCUUGGCGAAGAUGACUAUGAACUUUAG